CGACGUGCCCACAAGUUCAACUUCUGGUAUAUGGUGGCCAGCUUUCAGGGGUUGAGAUUUUGAACCGAUGACAGCUUGUUUUGUCGAUUGCAUGUAAGAGCUGGAGAAGUGCUGCCAUGGCCUCUGUCCUUCACAUUGAAGGUGUCGCAUCGCUGGCACUGCUACCAGAUGGGUGCAUCUCAGGGCACCUUAUUGACGCCGUCACCAAAAUGUCGUACGGUAUAUUCGGAAAAGAGAUUAAGUGUGAGCGUGAGUGUAGCCGGGGGGAAGACUACAAGCUCGUGGACUUGACGAUCCUGGAGUUCAAGAGUCAGAAGGAAUGUACACUAGUGGUCGAGCAAAGAGGCGCAGAUGCAGCCAGGAUCAGAACAGCGGAAGAUGCCCAUGGGUGGGAGGAAGAAGUCCUCGAAGCAGCCAGAGAAGGACGGUCCGGAGCCCCGCCCAACGUCACGUUCGACUGCGAGACUCUGAAAGCGGACGCAGACGCACGGCGCCACAUCCAAAGGUUCCUUCCCACUCUAGAGGGCCAAGAUGCGGUCGUUAACGUUGGCAAGAUGGUGGCUAGCGGGGUCAAGUUCGAGGCUACGAAAAGUAACAGAAAGCGUGACUCAGAGGAAGCGUUCUUUGGUGACGUCAGCAGAGGGCAUGAUGAGCGGGGCAGCUGUGGAAACACGGAUGAAGGGAGGGGAGAAUGGUUGGCGAAGAAGUGGAAGUUGGAGGAGGGGGCAGACGGCGGGGGAUGGUUCACCAGGACGACAGAGAGCAAGACGGAAGUUGUGACAUCAGAAGAAAAGGGCAGGAGUAACGGCUGUUCGAAAGCAGGAGAUGAAUCUGGAGGAACGGAAGCAAUUCGACAGCUGCACGAGGGAACGUCGAGCGAGAGAGCGCAAGUCAGUGAAACGGCCGGCUCCGAGAGUCAAGAUGAGGAGAAGAGCCGUGCUCGGACUGGAAAUCUGGUACGAAAUGCAGAGGAACGAGCUUGCUUCGAAGGAACUUUGAGAGAAAGGUUGAGAAGUAUAGAGGAAGCGAUAGGGCUGCCAAGCGAAGGACAGCUGCGGCCCACACCACUCAGCAGAAAACUCAUAGAGGAAGAUGACACUGAUAAAGAAGGGUGGCUGUAGCUGUGGCCUCAUCGACGCAUCGUAUUUCUGUACAGAGGGUGCUCAUUGCUGACGGCCUGAUUAGAACUUGAACCGCCGGAGGCAAGCUGGCCUGCGGAUCUCGUCUGCCUGGAGUCAAUGCUGGCAGAAAUCUCCUUUGAGCUGCUUUUGUUCAUGCCAUCAAAGACGCCACGGCUGGUCUUGUUGAAUCCCCUGAGUUGUCUUG